CUCUCUGUGUUUACAAAUGAUGAAACGUGGCUGUAACAAAACAUGUAAUGAGACGCUAAAAUUUUUCGCUUCUUUAGUCACGGGUAUACUUCGUAAAAACAUGACGCUUUUAUGAAUUUAAUGAAACUUAGUAGUUAAUAAUCACUGUUCUUUCAGAAUAAAUUUAAUAUGCAGGUAUGCUUGUUAAGUUUGUUUUUAACUAGUACUUUUACUUUACUUUAAGUUACUUAUACUUAGUACAGACUAGUGGGUGAACAGUUAAGUACGUAGUAUGUAGUAGUUAGUAGUAGUAUUGCUACUUAGCACAGUCAUUCAUUGUGACUUAGUUAUUGUUAGUUUAGUGGGCCUUCUAGUAGAGUUACACUGAUUAACUAACUCAGUUAGACUUAAAACUAGUAUAGGUGGUUAAGUUGUGAAAAGUUUAAGACUUUUUCUUAAGACUCAUUUUACAUUUAUGUCAAGAACUGUGGGAAGUGAAGUAAUAAAAAUUUGUGUCUUUUUUUGAAAGAGCUAUAAAAAGUUUUUAAAAAUAUAUUAUUUUUCAUUUCUAGGUUUCAAUGAUAAUCACUUUAAUCAGUGCAGAUCACUUAAUUGUGAAAAGGCUAGUUGUCAUUCAUUGCUAAUUGUAAAUGAAAAUGUCAUUAAAAUGUGUCCAGUCUAAUUCUAAUUCAUUCAUUUUUAUUAGUCACUCACUAGUAAUUAGUCAUUACAUUUUCAAUACUGAUUGAUGAUUGAUAACACUCACAGUUACAGAAGUUAGAAGACUAAUGAUGAUAGUGGACUAACUAAUAAUUAUUCCAGAAUAAAACAAUGAGUCUUUGAAUGAGUAAAAAGGCUAAUUUAUGAAGGCCUAUUAUCAUAUUUUUAUUAUUAGCCUAUAAUAAUGGCCUAUAAGUAAUAUUAAAAUUAACUUUCAUGUGAAGUUAACUCUGGACAGCCUUGGUCAAGACCAUAGGCAAAGGGGCCAUCAUGUGUCGGGGGUGGUGAUGGCUUUCCCUUGAAUUUUUUAAUGAUUUGUGACAUUGACAAAUUUUUAUUUUAGUGGAGUGGGGGGGUGUAAAGAAAUUGCCCAACAAUGCAUGGACAAGCCAUUAUUUUAUAAUUGAAGUAACUGGGUGGGGCGAGUUGAGCCCUAUGCCUAUGCAUUGAUUAUUAUGAAUAAUUGGUAUUUGAGAGGGCUAAAUUUAUUAUUGUGAUAGUGAUAAUAAGCAAUAGCAACACUUCUUGUUUACUCCCAUAUGCAUACAAGAUACAAAACCUGUUGUCAUUAGAUUUCAACUUAAUUAAUAUAGAAAAAUGUCUAAUAGUUAAAAAUACCGGUAGCCAUUACUGUGGUGGGCAGUUUUGAAAAAAACAGACUCACCUGAGACUGUGCAAAAGCCAUUUCAGUUUGUCAGUGGGUUAUCCAGUACAUUUGAGAGGUGCGAUAAAGUGCAAUGAUCAAUUUUGCACUCUGCCCUAUUGUCUUAUGUUUUGUUAAUCAGACAUAAAUAAGGUCCUUUUUGCAUGCAAGAUUAAAAUUCAUGUAUUAGUGAAUUAUUUUCAAGUGAAUAAGUCAUAUUUAUUUGUCAAUAAUAUAUUUUUACCAAAAUAUCAUUGAGUUAGGCAGGACUAUUCACCUCUGCACUUUUCAGACUAACAAACAGUUAUGCAUGAUCCCAUCUCACUGCAUAAAAAUACAAAUCACAUUUUUAUUUAUUUGAAACUAAAUGCAUGACUUAACAAUUAUUAAAGUAGUUAUUUUAAAUUUAUUAUGUGAUAAUAAAACAGUAAAAAAUGAAAGUAACAAAAUUGGGUCACCAAAUGAGGCGUGCAGUUCAUAGUAAGAAAAAUUAUGUAACCAUUGCGCACUAUCCUUUCACUUUUUGCCAUAUGCAACACAGGCCUUUUAAAUUAUUUGUUAAGAGACUGUGGUAAGGGAAAUGUUUUCCGACUGCGAUUCCAUUUCUGAGGGCUAAAUUUUUUAUGAGCAUGUCUCAUGUUCAUAUGCUGAGCUCUUCCUGUUUCUACAAGUGGGAGGUAUUUUGUAUUCAACAAUAAAUGCUUAUGUUCCCAUCCUAUUAUUUACUAUGAUAUUCUAUAAAAGUUGAAGAGAUAUUUCAUUUGUGAUUUGAAUUUGUUUAAGAUUGGCUUAUUUAUUUUUGCAAUCUAUCCACAGUAAAUAAAAAUGGAUGACAUGGCACUACAAGGUUUAGCUUCUUUGGCCAUGGCCCCUGAUGCUGAAUCUCAAAAUAGAGUAGGCCUAAAUGUUGUUAAAAUAAAAGGAUAUCAUUAAAAAAUGUCAUGAGGCUAACAAUUAAGUAUUUUCAGGGAUUUGAUUUAACCUGGUUACAUUACUGUGAGUGUUUUACACAGCACUAAAUAUCUUAAAAUCCAAUAGGCUUCUUUGUAAAUCAAUAUUUAGCAACUUGCCCAAUUAUUAAAUAAAGUGAAAUUAUACAUCAUGUGGUUAGCAUUGUUUCUGAAAUAAAAGUUUUCAUAAAGAUUUUCUUUUUUUAAUUCACAGGCUGUACAUUUUGUGGAGCAGCUGAAACAGUCUGAAGAUGGUUGGAAGAUUUGUGCCCAUGGAUUUACUAGUGGAAACUAUCACCAGUUCGUAUUCAUCUGUUUCAAAGUUAUUAGAAAUUAGCAACAUACAUGUUUUAAACGUGCUCUUUAAUUAAAUUGAAUUUUGGAUUUUUGAUUGCCACUUUUCAUGAUCAUUAAAUGAAAAGUGUGAGGAACAGUUCAGUUAUGAUAUAAAUGUUUAUACAUUUUCAAAAUUCCAUUUAAAGUUUAAUUUACUUAAACUAAUAUGUUUAUUGUCUAACUCCUACAAAUCUCUAUGUAAUUCAAAAGUCCAAUUUGAAUCUCAUUAUAUAAAGCUUGUUCAUUAUUAUUCAUAAAUGUAUAUACUUAUACCAGUAUUAUGUGUAUAAUUGUUUGUUUGUUUUUUUUUGUUUUUUUUUAAAUUUCCUUUAGGAAUGACCAUGUUAAAUUCUUUUGUCUACAAGUUUGUGAGCACUAUGCGAAACAAAGGUACCUGUAAUUAAAGUUAAUUUCUACAACUGAUUUUAGAUAAUUAUUUUAUUUUAAUUUUAAAAUUAACAGAUAUAUUACUUAUAAAAUUAAAUUAUAAUCAGAUUAUCUUAAAACUUUUAAAAAAAAAUAUAAUAAUUUAAAAAAAAAAAAAGAUAAUCUGAUUAAUUUUUUUUUUUUUUUCAUGUUGAAGUGAAUAUUUAAAUAAAAUGAUAACUCACAACAAUGUGAAACUUUCACACAAGAAUUUUAAGUUCUUUAUUUCCUUACAGAUAUCAGCAUGCAAUGCCAGAAAAUGUCACAGCCAUGAAAGCUUUUCUCCUGUCUUGUCUAGAGUUGGAGGUCAGUAUUUACUGGAUUGUGAAAGAAUUUUUUUUAUUAAAGCUUUGAAACAAAUUGUGAAAUAUAUAAUGUCUCAUACUUACUCUUAACAACUAUUUGAGGCUUAACGCAGAGACACAUAAACAUUUGAGCAUGUAAGAAGUUCAUAUAUUUGCUAGAUUUUGACUGGGAGUUUGUUAUUAGACUUAUAUAAGAUAUUAAAGUUUAAACCUGGUCAUUUAUUUCCACAGUCAAAUGUUGCGACCCAGAGCAAACCUUUUAUUAGAAAUAAACUGGCACAGUUGAUUUCUCUAGUGUUUGUCCAUGACUUCCAGCAGAGGUGGCCAAUGUUUUUUGCAGACAUCAUGUCAACCCUGAGUCGUGGGCCCUGGGCUGUGGAUAUGUAUUUAAGAAUCCUAAUGGCUAUUGAUGCAGAGGUCGUUGACAGAGACAUAGCCCAUACAGCUGAGGUAAAACAAGAGGCAGUUUUGAACAGUUAAUUUUAAAAAUAAAUAAUCUGUAAAUAAGAAAGUAGUCAGUAGAGCCAAGAUGACAUUUUAACCGACCAAAACAAAACUGUUUAGUAGUUCGAAUAAAUAUUGUGUUGUUAGCAAAAUCUCAAUUAAAAAAAGAUCAUUGGAUUUGUUGUAAAAAUUUCAGAUUUUGUUUUGUUGAGAAGUAAAACCUAAACUCAGCCUAAAAUAACUUUUUAAUUCUUAUUUACAGCCUACCUUAGCUUUGUUUACUUUAUUUUUUGUCUGCUAGGAAGCACAGAGAAACAGCCUCAUAAAAGAUGCCAUGAGAGAAAGAUGUGUUAACGAUCUUGCAGAUUCUUGGUAUCAAAUUAUGGUAAGGUCUUCUACACCACUUGUCUGUUUUCAAAUAUUUGGCUAUACACCUAUAAUUAAUGUGCUAAAAAUCAGUUGCAAAAAAAAAUAAAAAAUUGAGCUUGUCGAAUUUAGACAUUACUGCUUUGCCUCAUUAUAAUAAAAGACAAGAUAUCUAUUGUAUCUAUUAUAAUUAUAUAUUAUGUGAAUGGCACAAGAUUUGUAAAAACCAUUCUAUUCAUCAUAUAUAAUAAGUCUCUAGGUUUGUACUUAUGGCUGUAAUACUGUGUUCAAUAGGCUCGAAAAAUAAAAUGCAAAGAAGUUAGGAAUAAUUAAGAUUCUUAUAAAGUGUGUAACCUGAAUGCAUGUAUUGUCCAGUAAAAUUUGUAGAUGGGAAGUUCACGCAUUGCUGCUGCAAUUGUUGGACCAUUUAUUUCUAGUUUCUCAAUAAUGUUAUCACCAGACUACCUAUGAGAUGACACAGUCAGAUUUGGUAUCAAUGUGCUUGGAAACUGUUGGACAUUAUGUCUCCUGGAUGGACAUUGGCUUCUUUGCCAAUGACAGGAUGGUGUCUCUUCUCCUGAGGUUUUUAAUGAAUGAAAGCCUGAGGGAGUUUUCUUGUGAUUGCAUUCAUGACAUCAUUAGUAAAGGCAUGGAACCGGUGGCGAAGACAUCCCUCAUUGAGUCUUUCAUGACAGUUCUAGAUUCAGCUGGUAUCUUUAAAAGCGAGGUAAUGAUUUAACUAUUUUUACAAUUUUAAGGUCCUAUGCAAUCAAGCGUGGUAUUAUUUUAUCAUUGUAAGGUAUUAUUUAUUUUAAUUACAAUUUUUAGUUUAUAGUUUCAUUUCUUAAAUCCUGAAUUUUUGUUAUGCCUGGGGACUGUUACUAGAAGUAAGCUGCUAUACUCGGCUUAGUAUUAAAUGGCAUCUUAUGUAUCAUCUUUUGAUGAGAAAGCAUGCGCUUAAACAUGUAAAUGCUCAUUUAGUUAUUAGAAAAGUGUUAUUUAAAUCUAUAAAUGUACAAUUUAAAAGGAUAUCCUCCAUAGGGUGAAGACAGUGAGUUUUUGUGCAAGUUGUCAAAGCUUAUAAAUGGCAUAGGACUUGGGCUCAUCUCUAGCUGGCAGAAGUAAGUGCUUGAGUGUUUUACUCACUUUUUUUUUCAAAGUUAUAUAAUUGAGCUUUAUGGCAUAAUGAAUGAAAAUCAGUUCAAUGUUUAAAUAAAUGGGAAGAUAAAAUUUCAUUUAUUUGGAUAAUUAUUUUUUAAAAUUUUAAAGCCUAUUGCUUUUAUAGAAAUCUUACAGUUAAACCCAUUUAAAUGCUGCUUUUUUAAAAUAGUGUGCUUUAUGCCAUAAAAUUCUUUUCCAAAUCACUUAACAUAUACAACACACUUUUUCUUGAAAAAUGUUUUUAAAAAAAACAUCUAAGCUAUAUUGAUCAAAAACAUUUUUAGGUUGUCCAAAAAUGGUGUCUGUAAAAACUCAGAAACAACUCUCAGAGCCCUAGAGGCCAAAGUGGCUUACAUGCUAAGAUUCCUGGGAGAUGAUGAUGAUGAUGUCUCCAGUGCUGUCAUUGAGUUUGCCACAGAAUACAUUGCUAUGAUGAAGACUUUGCCUUCUAUGAGUGUGGUCCAGAAAGGACAUAUAGAGGUAAACUACUGCUGUAACUCUUACACAUACAUUUUUGUUUAAUUCAUUAGGUUGACUGGGCAUGGGUGAUCUGAAUGCAUUUCUUUGUGUGGGGCUUGGGUCAAUGAAAAAUUAUUCAUUAAUAGUUAAAAAACAGUAAAACCCCACUAAAGUAAGUCACGAUGCAGUCACAUGUUUUAUGUUGUAUAUCUGGAGCAGGGGGGGUGGGUGUCCUAUAGUGUGAGAAAUAUAUGAAUCAAUUCUAUGCAUAUGUCAUUUGUAUUAAAAAUAAAAACUUGGAAGGAAAAAAAACCCAAUAACAUUUAAGAUGAAGAAAAGAUAUAUCCAACAUGGACUUAGUAGUAUUUCAAGGGGAAGUAUGGCUAAUGACAUGAUCAAUGUUUGGUUCCAUAUUUGACUCUGUUAGCCAGGCUGGCUAGAUUAAGGACCGCUGCAUGUCUGAAAUGGCCCGUGUAUGUCUGACAUGGCCCGUGUGCCAUGAGCACCCAUGAUCUAGAGCAGUGGUUCUCAACCUGUGGGUCGCGACCCUCUUUUGGUGUCGAACGACCCUUUCACAGGGGUCGCCUAAGACCAUCGGAAAAGACAUACUCUACAAUUAUGAAGAAGCAACGAAAAUAAUUUUGUGGUUGGGGGUCGCCACAACAUGAGGAACUGUAUGAAAGAAUCACGGCAUUAGGAAGGUUGAGAACCACUGAUCUAGAGCAUGCUACUACAUGUUGUUUAAGAAGGAAAAACUGGUUUAUUGUGUUUUAUGGACUAUAGCGCUAAUAUGUAUUUUUAUUUAUUUCUUGCAGGGUCUUCUCUUCACCAUCAUUAAAAAACUCAAAUAUGAUGAGUCAUAUCAGUUUGAAAAAGAGGUAAAUACAUUAUUAUCCAUGUCCUAUUUAAAAAAAAAAAAAAAAAUUAAUAUCAGGGGGAAAUAGUUAUUCGGAUCAUUAUUAUUCUGUGACUUAACCAAAUAUUUUCAUCAAACUUUAACAGAAUGACAAACAUAUACACACUAUCCUAUCUAAGAACUAGUUUUGUUAGCAUUAAUUGAAUUUUAAAAAUACUUAUUUUAAUUUUUUCCCUAAAUUUUACUAAAUCCAGGGAGAAGAAGAAGCAGAAUUUCAAGAAUACAGGAAACAAGUUCGGGUCAUAUUUAACAACAUUGCAAGCCUGGUAUGAUUAAAUAACUGUUAAAUUUUAAAACUAAAUGAUUAAUGGUCAAUUAAAAUGAUCACCGAGCUUUGGCAUUUUGAUCUCAGCUUGAUACCAGUAGGAAAAGGUUAUUCUGAGCCAGGGUAUUUUAAAAUUCUGUAAAUUAGCUGGUUCUUGUGUUAAGUAUUUAAUUAGUUCCAUUUGUGGUUUUUAUAUGUUGUUUGAUUCAUCCAUCCCUGUGAUGCUACAGCUAGCAAGUGCUUUUGGCUUGCCUCCUCAUUCCCUUCCAUUCACACCAAGUAGAUGCUUUCCUUUUUCAUGCUUGGAUUUCCAGCUGCUGUGGGUCUUUUCCACAUUAUCUAAUCUAUCCAUCUAAACCUAAAUCUGCUUGAGCUGCUCCCACUGGGGUUAUUUUUGUGUACCCUUUAUACUCCUCUCAUCAUUUGGCAUUCUUUCUACGUGCUCAGCCCAGCUGCUAUUUUAUUUCUGCUAUUAGCGUGGGAUCCUGUUAUAGUCCAUACAAUACAAAUUUGUUUAAUAUUAUAAUAAUACAUACUGAGGAUAGAUAGAAACUUUUCAAAUAGUAUUUGACAUUACUGCAUUUCAGGAUACACAGAUGAUACUAUUGCGUAUUCACGAGCUUGUGUCUCAAACAUUACCACGCUGGGAAUCCUUAGAUUUCAGAGAUGUAGAAAUAGCUAUAACUCUUUUGUACAGCCUUGGAGAAGCCAUCCCUGUAAGUUGCGUGUCAUUAAUUUUUUUUAGGGCAUUGAGUUAUGGAGGGAGUCUUAAACGGACAGAAAGUGUUUGACAUUACAUGGGAUUCAACUUCUGUAUGCCAGACCUGCUGUAGUCUUUAGACCAUUUGGAAUAUAGGCUAAUCAAUAGUUUUUUUGUUUUGUUUCUGAACUUCCUUUCAGAUUCCUAUUUAUUAUCAAAACUCCAUAUUCUAUCACAAUUUGGUAGGGUAUUGCUGUGUUCCUGCUUUUUGAAAAUUUAGUUUUCUUUGUUAAAAAUAAAAGUUAUAUUGAUUAGGAAAAUGUGUUGAAACUUAAAACUAUUUUAACAUAUGAAGAGUUGAUUUUCAAAACACGGUAUCCGCCAUUUUGAAAAAAAAAUGAGAUAACCGUGCAUUCUUGUAGAGCAAACCAGGUUGCCUUAGGGCAUGUUAAAGUUUAUUCACAAAACACAUUUUAUUCCUAUAUUAUUCUAUGUCUAAAAAUGAUUUUAUUUUCUAAACGCGGUGUGUAUUGUUUUUCUUUAUUAUCAAAAUGAUGUAUAUAUUACGGACCAAUCCGUGUGAUUGGCAAGCUACUUCUUUGGCAUUCUGCGCAUGCGCACUAAACGUCGCGAAGUGAAAGAACAAAAAACAUGGUGGAUUACGACGGCCUGGAUGAAAGAGUUGUUUGUACUAUAAAAUCUCAAAAAAGAAAGAAAAAAGCUAAACACAAGAAAAAGACAAAUCAUAUCGUCAUUUAAUCGGACGAAAGAUGCCCUCCAUUACGUGUAAUCACGAUAAAGGUUUCUGCAAGGUGAGUUACCUGUAACUUUUUAUCAAGCAUCAGUUUCUCAAUGGCUAAUUCUACUAAAAACUAAAAUGGGAGUAUUAUAAAUUUAUGUGUAUACCACAACAAUAACAUGCUUUUUACAUUUUAGUACCUAUUCUACAGAUACUAAUGUGUGAGUGUAAUUUUUAAAAAUGGUAUCACUUUAGUUGGGGUCAAAAUUAAAAAGCCAAUAAAUGCAUUUAACUUUUUAAAAAAUAUUCUAAUUCAAUCGUUCAUCAUUUUUUUAAACAUGAUUGAACAUUCAUAAUAAUAAUAAAAAAAAAAAAUAUUGAAUUUUUCAGGCAAGAGAAAUAACACAUGAAAACAUAAAGACAUGUCAUGCAGAACAGUAUUUCUUAUGCUGUGAAGGAGAAAAAAUACAAGUUGCCAGGCUUCAUUUUGUUCUGUAUUAUGUAAGUAUAUUUUUAGUGUAACCACGUAUUGUAUGGUAAAUACUUGAAAAAAGGCUGUUGGAGCAUAAUAAAUUCUAAGAUAAUUAUUUGAAUUUCUCUAACAUUAAAAUUUUUUUUUUGAUGAGGAGAAAGCCUUCAUUGAUGGGUAUUAUAUUAUAUUUAUACAUAAAGUUAUUGCUUCUGAAACUGUACCAUACACUUUCAAUGUAUUCUAUAAUGUAUUGUUAUAUUAUUAAAUAACCACUAAAGUUCAUUUUACAUUAUUAUGGGUCAUGGUUACUGGACAUCAGAAGUGUGUAGAAAAUGAAAAUAAAAAGUUGCUUUACAGAGUUAGUUGUGUUAUGUAUUACACAUUCAUUCUUUCACAUGCAGAGCCAGCCAUUACAGAAGAAAGGGUGCUUAAGGACAGAAAUAGUUGCCUCUAAUUUGAAUGUAAAUGAGAAGCAUCAACUUUUCCUGGAACAAAACCAAACUGCCAUUGAAGAUGCUGCACACUCUGAAUCAGACACUUCAUAAUUUUAUAUUUGUUGUUCUUCUAAAUGUAAAUAAAGUGAUUUGUGACUUGAACAUGAUCUUGUUUACUUUUGUUUAGAAUUCAGAUUUAUAAAAACAAAUCAUGCAAACUUAUUGCACUCUAAACAUUACACUAAUACAGGGGACUUCCCAGCAUUUAUAAUACUGUUCUGUUAAAAUAUAUCCAUAAGGAACAUUAAUCAUACACAAUUAUAUAUGAAUAUUAUACAAUUUAAUUUAAUUUUGGUAUGUAAGUGGUUUGUAAUUUAUAAACAAACUGAAAUAUUUGGUACUGGGAAUGUUAUCCUUUCAAAAUGGAUAUACAGCAUUUUGUCGCUCAGUAAAAGUUGGAUACAAAGCAUUUUGCAACAAAAUAAGAAAUUAAACCAAGUAAAAAAUACCAACAUUUUAAUGAACCUACAAUUCAAUUUUCAUCAUAAUCUAACUUAUAUUUUGAAUAUAUACCUAAAUUAACAAUUACUUUUCCGAAAAUUUGAGCCAUCGUUGUUUAGCAAAAAAAGUUGAAUAUCUCAAAACCCAAAAAAUGCAGAAAUAGCAUUUUGAAAAUCAACUCUUCAUAUUCACUUUAAUGACUUGUCUCUUUGUGGAGGCAUAAUAAUGUAAUUUCUUCAAUCCAGCACCUUGUUAUUAGCUCCAUGCCUUGUCUUAAUAAUGGUUUCCUUUUUAAAAGUAAAACACAUAAAUUAUUUUUUAGACAUGGCAAAUAUUUUUUUUUUUGUGUGGUUUAUUUACAGGCAUCUCAUGGCCAGCACUUUAGUGGUAACCCAGAAAAGGCAUCUGCCCUUCAAGACAUGAUGAGAACAGUAGGUUUUUGUGCUUAACAUUAUGAUGAUAAUUGAUAGCUAUAUAAUUUUAUUAUAUAUUUAAUUAAGUCCCUUGUUUAUAGACGCCCAAAUUUUUGUAUUAAAUAUUAAUAUGUUUCAUAUCUUCAUUCAGCUCAUCACUAGUCAAGUGAGCAGACAAGGUCAUUUUGCUGUACUUCUCCAGUUCUUUGAAACAGUUGUGCGCUAUGAUCGAUUUUUUGUCUGUGAACCUCAGCAUAUUCCAGAAGUUUUGGUAGAGUUAUUUGCCAUGUCAUGGAAAUGAAAUGUUUUAGAAUUUCAACUAAAUCUUAAAUAUCUUUUUUUUUUAUUUGGUUACUCUGAUAUAACAAUUAAAAUCAGUCAAAUGUUAUUCCGUGUUGCCAAGAGAGCUUGAGCAAGUUAGUCAUUCUUGCUUCCUGAUAUACUAUUCCUUAUUCUAAUCAAAUUGUCAUUAGAUGAGUCAUAAAGAUAAACAAGUUUUUAGUGUAUAUUAAAAAUGUUUAUUAGUAAGUUGUUAUAGAUUUAUGAGAAGCUUGAUAUUUCACAAAUAAUUUAACUUAAAUUUUUUAAAAUACUUCUCACUGUCCCAUUCCAUGUUAUCUUCUCACAAUAAAAGUGAAAAAUUCAAUAUUUUUAGAUGGCAUUUCUAGAUGAAAGGGGAUUACGGAAUAGUUCCCCUAAAGUCAGGAGUCGAGUGGCAUAUCUCUUCUUAAGAUUUGUGAAAAGCACCAAGUAAGACUAAAACAUAGGUUAUUUGAUUAAAGAAAAUUAAAAUAAACUUUCAUUGAAGUUGCCAUAACUCUUACAAAAUACACUAAAUUAAGUAAUUAACCCUACAGGACACUUUUUAAUUCUGGAUUUUUAUGUUAGACUAAGUCCUUUGGCAAACUGCAGCUUAAAAUAUGGUAAACUCUCAUAAAAAAUAUUUCAUAUCCAGCUGGAUGACACAAGCUUCACCUAUAAUAUGUGACCUAUUGAAGUUUCAAAAUAAAUCAGUAAUUUGUACAAGUGCUUGUCUUUUUUUAAAAACAUAUUCAGUUUUGUGUCUGCUAUUGAAUAUUUUGUCAGGUAGAGCUAGUCCCCAGGUUAAGUGCUACUAAUAUUUCUUGUGUCUCCCCUAACUAUAGUCUCUCCUGCCCCAGGACCCACAUGACCCCUUACCUUGAAGAUGUCCUGAAGCAGAUGCAGGAUCUACUCACUGUGAACAGCCCUGACAAUGGUCUCAGCCAUUCACUCUCAGACAGUGAUCAGCUUUUCAUCUAUGAGACUGCCAGCACUCUUGUAGUUUCCAGUUCUGUUGAGCCAGAAGUAAGCUAUUAUUAGAGCACAUAAUAAUGUCUUGUGAAUCAUUAAAACUUACAUUUUGACUCAAAAUUUAAAAGUAUAUAAUAGUGGCUGAUUUUCUUUGUGUUUCUUAAUUCAUUGAAAAUAUCUCAUUGUUACUUUUGUUUUAACUUGAAAAAUAAUUAGAAAGAUUUUGGAAAAUUGCACCUUUUUAUAUUCAUAUCACUGCAAAACAUAUUUUUAAAAAUAUAUACAUUUUUAAAUUUCUCAGUUAUAGUUAAUAAGUUUCAUAAUUUUAUCCAUGAUUCCUCCUUAGAAAAAACAAGUACUGAUGAAGCAGCUGUUGAUGCCAAUUGCCACCAAGUUCAAUGUGAUGCUGACAAAGCUGACAGAGGAACAAGAUGAGAAAAGGCAACAGGCUUACGCUGACUGCAUUCACAAUGCCAUUGCUCUGGCAAGGUAAAGAAGUGCUUUUCUUCACACACGUCUUGGGCAUUUAAAAAAAUAUAUUCAUAAGUUGAGUUAAAUUUCUUUUUGAAAUACAUUUUUUGGUUAUAUGUCAGGCUAUUUUGUUUUAUUGAGUUACACUAAAUAAUAACAAGGUUUUUAUAUGACUUUUAGUUUUGUAUCUGUGGCUUCUCUCAUGUGCGAUGCUCAUAAUUUUCCAUUCAGCUAUUCAUGGCCUGAAGGGGAAUAGUUUAAAAAAGUUUAUUUAUCUUUUAUCCACCUUUCUCAUUAAAAAGUUAAAAAUUGGAGGUAUUCAUCUUAAAGAGGCAAUGUUUGAUUUCUGAUUAGAAGAUGGUUUUUACUCUUAUUUAUUUCAGCCGAGCCAGUAAAGGAUUCUCUGGCCAACAAACUAUGAAACAGUGCGGUUGUGUGUCUGCGUUCACUGAGCUUCUAUCCAUUUUCCUUGCUGCUUUAGAAGUGACUAAUCAGAGGGCUUCCCUUCAGCAAGGUGUCAGGCAAUAUCUACAUAGAAUGGUAUGAUCAAUUUUUGCAAAAAAAUUUUUACCUAAAACAUAACAUUGACAAUCAUAAUGUUGUAUGUGUGCAUGAAUGUGAAGAUAUGCCAUAAAAUAUUUGCUACUAUGACAAAGAGCUUAAAUCCAAGAACAUUUAAAUCGUUAAUUAUAUGAUCAAUUUUGUGUGUCUUAGAAUUGUUUACAGGCAAUUUUACUGAAAUGUACUUUUGGAUUUUUCAAAAUGAUGGACUUGCUCAAAUUCAUUUUGUGAAUUUUCCUUUAUUAUAACAAAGAAAAAGUUACAUUUAACCCUUUCAUUACCCCUUGUUUUAAGCAACCAUGUUUGCUGACUCAACAAUUAAAUAACUGAAAGAUAAAACUUCCGGUAUUAUUUCAUUCUCUAUCUGAUUCGCUUAUUAACUUCUCUACAUAUUAACGAAUAAAGAAAUAUAGAGCAUUGAAAUAUGAAGUGGAUAUGACAUCCUUGGUAUUUUAGAAAAGUUCUUUGCAUCUUUGUUGUGACGUCCUCGGUAAUUGAAAGUGGGUGAUCGUAUCGUGACGUUGACGUCAUCGGUAACGAAAAGGUUUUAAAAAGUCGGUGUACCAUAUAGAUAUUUCUUAAAUGACUAUUUUUAAAAUCCAGGUUGUGUGCUUAGAGGAAGAAAUUAUGCCAUUCCUUCCCGAGGCCAUGGAGCGGUUGUUAAAGCAACCAGAUGCCAGGGAACUCUAUGACUUUUUACCCCUCGUCAACCAGAUUAUUAUGAAAUUUAAGGUCAGUCAUUGACAAAAGUUUUUAUUAUGAUAAAUUUAGUAAAUCAAGAUGUUCUUCUAAGGGAGAGUUUUUAGCUAUACUUAUACCUCUAUUUUGUUCCUAUAAGCUGUUUUAUGGAAUGCACUGAAAUAUUCUAUGUCAUUAUGUAUUUAUACAUCUUUUAAUAAUUUAUGUUUGAUUGGCUUAUACUUGAUAAAGAAAUGUUAAGUUUUUCUGCUUUUAUUUAAUGAACAUAUUAAGACAAGAAUACACCAAAAACGUAACUUUGUUAAAGCCUCUGUAUAAUACAUAGCCGUAUAAUUUUCUGUUAAGUUAAAGUAACACCACUGUCAUAUUUUAGCUAACCCUGUUUGAAGUUUUUCCCAAUAUUAUUCUUUAAUGACAGGCAAACAUCUCUCCAUUCCUUACACAAGUUUUCAUGCCUCUUGUCAUGACCAUAUACCAAGUUCUGAGCGCCCCCUCAGACCACAAUGACCAUUGCUCUGCCGAGGAGAAGAAACUUUUACAGAGGGGCUAUUUCUUGUUUCUGUCCACUAUUGUAUGCAACUGUUUGGAUGUCCUUAAAGCUCAAAGUGAGGAAAUAGUGUAGUGGUUAUUUUUUUCUUAAUGUUUUAAGUACUGAAGUAAGAUGUAAUAUAUGUAUCUAGUUAAGUGGGAAAUCAUUCCCGGUGUUUUGCAAACAGCAAAACCAAAAAGGAAAAAAAUGUUUAACCUGAAGUGUCCCCAGAACAUUGUUUUGUAUGUCUAUGGUUCAAUGGAGAGUCAUUAGUGCCAAAUUUAAAGGCCAGUUUUUAAAAGAGCCAUCUUUCUUAAAUGCAUAUCUAAUGAAAUAUAAUAUACCGGGACUAUUAAAUUGAACACUAACGGACAAGCAUCAGUUUUCUUGAUUGGAAUGUAAAUUAAUAUUGAUAAGGUUGUACCUUAAAAUAUUUAUCAAAAGAAUAAAAAAUUUUAAGCACUAACGAAAAGAUUACAUCUAAUAAAUAGUGUAAAUAUAAACUUUAAUAGAACUAUAUUAUUCUGGUCUUAAAUCUGCAGGCAUGGAGAACUUGAACCAAGUUCUAAUGUCUCUUAUUCAGGGUGCUGUGGAGCUGCCAGAUCCACAGGUAUGGCAGGGCUAUUGAUGUUUUUAAAAAUAAUAUUUCAUUAAACUCUAAAACCAUUCAUUUAGAUAAUUUUUUACUGCAUAACAUACAUUAUUACCUUGCAAAAUUUGGCCAGUUUCUCUAACCUUUUAUUAUAAUCAAUAUACAUCUGUUAUUUCUUACACCUUUAAGUUAAAGAAAAUGUUUGAAGUAUAUUGUUAUUAUUAAGAAGUAGAGAGAAUUAACACAGAUUUUAAUUGUUUUCUUCUUGUAUAUGGCAGAGUCAAAAGUGUUGCUUCUCCACUUUAAAGAAGCUGAUAGAGGUUUGGGGUAAGUCCAUUUUUAGUAUAUUUCACCUCUAGGCUAACAACUAAACAAUUACUCACCUAAUAUAAGAUAACAGAAGCACAUAAAAUGAAGUUUGUUGACAUCUUCACAUUUUAAUGUUUCAUGUGCUGCAAAAAGAUUGAAUGAAGAAAUCCUUAAUUAUGAAAAAGCAAUAAGUAAUAGACUGGUAUAAUACUAGUUAGGGUUUGUAUAUUUGAAAGGGUCUUAGUUAUUCCAACACAGUGUACUGCAUAGUGCAAAAAAGGUUUAAAUUAGUAUGGCACUUCCUUAUUCCUCAUGCUUUUCUGGCACCUGAUCUGCGGAUUAUAAAUAGGAGACAUGGAAAAUCUUUGGGGGUUUUUUUUCAUCCAAAACUUAAAGUUAUGAACCAUGAAAACAAUGACGACCACAUUCUGUAUUCACGUUUUUAAUGUGAGUUGUUACAUUUUUAAAAUAAAAUGCAGGUUGCAAAGAAGGAUUGCCUGGGUUUCCAGCAUUCAUUUACAAAGAGAUUGUACCUGCCUGUUUUAUGGCACCUAUGAAGCAAACAUUUGACUUAGCAGAUGGACAGACAACCCUGGUAUGUGAAAAAGCUCAAAUAACUGAGGCCAUGUUAAUAAUUAAUAACUCCAUUUAACAUUAGGGGAUCAGACUUAAUAUUUAUAAUGUUAAUUUUCAAGAUGAUUAUAAUUUAUACAGACUAGUAACCAUAGUAAAUAUUUCAGACUCCUUAUAAGGGGAUUAACAAUCUAUGUUGUUCUUGACCAGGUGCUUGGAGAGUGUGCUGCUUGUAUGCAGGAGGUGCUCCAACAGCGGGUAAUUAGAGUUUUAAAUGUUAAAAAGUUUAAAUGCUAAUUUGUUUUAUUUAUCUUAUGAUGGUUGUUUUUUUUUUAAGUUACACAAACAUGUUGUUUUUAAAAUAACUAUAUUAAUCAUUUAUUGAUUUUAAUUAUAUUUUAAUGGUGAUUAUAUUUGAUUGUCUUUAAGUAAUGUUUUUCACCUUUACUUUUAUAAUAGUGAUCAACAUGACCAUAAUUUUAAGAGGCAGUUAAAAAUGAAGAGAAUAAAUUUUAAGUUUUUUUAUUAUUAUAUGAUUUUUACAAAAUUAUGAAACAGAUCUAUUCAAAAAAAAGUAAUAAAAAUUUUUUUGUAUUCCACAGGGACAAGAAUUUUUAGAUUUCUUAAAAGGUGACUUCUUCCCAUCAAGGGGAAUUAACCAAGAAAGUGGCCAGGUAGGAAAGUUUCUUCAUCUUAUGUUUAUCUAAUCAAUGCAAAAGAAUAAAUUCAAUAGCAGUUUUUUACAAAUUUAGCAGUAUUUCUAUUGAAUUUAAGCAAUAUUAAAAUUUAAAAAUUGUAUUAAAUCAAAAGUAUCUGUAUAAAAGAGACUACUUGAGGUUUAUCAAGUACCUGUUAGUUAAGAAGUGUGGACGGCAGUUCUUUGCUUGGGGAAGGAUUUUGUUUUAAUGUUGUGGUUUAAAAUAUUUUUUUUUUACCUUUCUAGUGUUACAUCACAAACUUACAGACAGAUUUGAAGUCUUUCAGAUCUUGGUUGAAGGUAACAAAACACAUUUUUAAUCUACAUGAUUUUAAACUUUAUUUUUGACAUGCUUAUAGUCAAAUGUUAUUAAAUCUUAAGUUACAUUAUUUUUAAAUUAGAAACAUCCAGUUCUGAAAAAUAUAUCCAUGAAUCAAUUUUAAGUGAAUCAUCGUUUUCAAUGAUUUAAAUAAUGUUUAUUAAGCUUUAUUUUGCAUUAAAGGUGUUGACAAUAAUUUUUAUUAUAAAAAGUAUGUUUCUCAACAUUUAUAAUAAUAUAUGAUCACAACUGAAACUUGAUAACAAAUAUUUGUCAUCAGAUUUAUUCAAUGACGGGGGCUUUAAAAAUAAUUAUUCCGUGUCCUCAGUGUGGUUAUUUGAUAGUUAGAGAGAAUUGUCAAAGUAAUUUUUGUAAAUAUAUAAUUUCCAUUAAAUGUGUUAGUCUUAUCCUAGGUAUUGUGACAACAUGAACUUAUUAUUUUAUUGGUAAAAUUUAACACAUUUCAAUGUGUUUUUCUUUUCUCAGAAAUUCUUUUUACAGGCCAAGUCAUGACCCAGGGCAGCCUUAGACACUAAAGCAUUUUAAUAUUCAACCUUUGGCAUUGUUUUUGUCAAGAUGUAAAUAAGCAUUAAUUAAAUUAAUUUUGUUCUCAUUUAAAAACCAUCAUCUCAUCCCUGGACAUAUUACCAUCAUCACACAAAUUGAUUCAUAUCCAUCUUUGUCCGUAGUGACUUAUUCACAGUAUCAUUUAAGCUUCAUUUCUCGUGAGAUUCCUCAUUCACCAGUGAAUAUAUUUCUGAAACAUAAAUAACAUAAUCAAACAUUUGUUUAUAGGGCCACAUAAUAUGGCUCUAGAGCUGAAUUAUUCUUAGCAUAGAUAUAGAUGUAAAUGAUAAGUAUAAGCUUUUUUUCACUUGUCCUUGUUCAAUUUUAUAAUGUGUUUCAGUUUUAAAAUUGUAGCUAUUAAAACACUUAUAAGUCAUUAUGUUUAAUAAUAAAAAAAUAUCACAACUGUUAACACUAAAUUGGCAACUUAGGGGUUGACAGCAGUACAGCUAAACAAAAUCAAAGAUGAAAAGAUACAAAGUAUUAAAAGGAUUUGCUCUCCCUUUAAAACUUAAAUCCCACUUUUGUGAAAUCUUCUAAUAUUUUGCACAGUAAUCCAUGUUAGUUUAAUCUUUAUAGAUGGCAUGAAUGGUUUCAUCUGAUGUAUCUAUUAAUUGGGGUUGAAGAUGACAUAGCAUCACACAAGAGCUUGAAGAAUGCAUCACAUUUUAUCUCACAAUAUGUAAUAUAAUUACGUAAUUGUCUUAAUGAUAUUUGUCUUGUGCACAACUCUAACCACAAAUGAAGGUUAGACAUUUUUUUGAAGAAGUUAAUACAUUUUUUUUUUAAAGCCGUUUUUUUUUACCUAAUGUUAAAACAUUAGAGAAAAUGUCACAAAAAUGAACUUUAGAUAUGAAUGUUUGCUUUUUUGUCAUGGGCUGUAGCAACUCAAGUUAAGAAAAUGAUUGCUUUGUUUGAAAGAAUUUUUGAAGGUUUUACACAAAUAUAUGGUACUUUACUUAUAUUUUGUAUGAAAUGAUUGUUAGAUACAUAAUUUCUCAAAGAAGGGUCUUUAUAAAUAAAAAGAUCUGACACCUUAAUCGUAAACGAUUGUGAGACUGGCAUUUUUCCAUUUGGUUUGUUGGUUUCACUAAAAGACUUAUUUCAAUAAUCUUUUCCUAUUUCUAUCUUACCAACCCUCCUGUCAUUUCAUUUAUUGGAUCUGGUAUUAAACAUUAUGCGCUGCUCAAUACCCACUAGUCAUUUAAAUAUAGAAACAUUCAUAGGAUUUUGUUCAUUGUUUACAUCUUUCUUUCUUCAAAGCAAUGCCAAAGGGUAAUUAUAGUAGUGCUUUUUUUGUUCACACAUUUCAUGAAAUGUAACAAAGCUACUCAGAAUAUAAUUAUUAUUUCUUUUAAAAUUAAUUGCUUUGAAUGGCAAUUAUAAUGCGUUUUGGUCUAUGAUUUAUUUAAAUCCUGUGCAUUGCUUUAACUUUCAAUAUAAAGCCAUAAUACAGAAGCACAAGACCUCAGAAGAUUUGAGCGUCUUAGGCUUUGUGACUGUGAUCAAAGGUUGGUUGUAGAAGUGAUCUUCAUGGACCUGAUCCGGUUAUUAAUUAAAAAAAUUAUAAUUAACUAUCCGUUAUCUGUUGUUCCGAUGUCUUAAUUACAGUGACGAGAUGGUACAUUGAGUUAAAAGGGGUUUCUUUGAGUCAAUGAAAUAAUUAUUUAAUAUCCCAGUGAACAGUAUGUUUGAAGUAAUGGAGCGAGUUAUUUUCUUACAUAAAAUUAUAGCAAAUGGCAUUAGUGUGUAUGCAAUGCACAGAUGUUUUGACAUUGUGUUGUGAUAAAUCUGUUGUUUUUUUUCAUCUUAUUGGUAUGUUGAAAUAGAACCACAACUUUAGUCGAUUUGAGCCUGAACUAGGCAGUUUUGUUUUACUUACAAAAGUUAAUAUUCAUAUCUUUACUUUCAAGUCUUCUACACUAUUGCCUUAUACUAAGCCCAUGGUAGGAUAUUGAAACUCAUGGUUUUAUUAUUUAUGUCUGACAAAUUACAUGAGCGUGUGGCCAUCUCUUGCUAUUAGGUUAUGGAAAAUUAUUUAAUAGUAAUAGUUUUGUUAAAUGUUUCAUUUCAACCUAAUCACGUUGCACUUUUUGUUGGUGGUCUGGAUUGUGUGUGAAAGUCGGAGAAAUUUAUGUCAGUGUGAAUGAAAGUAUGGUUCCAGAAUACUUAAUAUCACAAUCAAUACAACAACCUCUGCAUAAUUAUGAUGAAAUGAAUUAUUUCAAGAGAUAAUUUCAUCAUCAUAACAGUCUAGCAAUUAUUCCAAUUCAUUUUUUUCUUUAAAUUUGCAAAGACAUGUUUCAGUUGUUUUUCUUUAUAUCUUUAAAACUUUUGUUAUAGUUUUAUAACAAGUUCUAAAGGGAAAAAAAAACAACAAAACAAUGAAGUGUGAAAAUUUUAUUAUUAUUAGUAUUUUUUUAAUUAAAGUUUUGUUUAUAAAGCAUCUCAAAAUAUAAGGAUAAGUUGCUUUUAGUUUUGGUUGAAUGUCUCUAAAAUAAAAAUGGAUACAGUACUGAAAUACAGUAUAUGAAAUAACUAUCCACUCAUUGGUUGUUAGUAUUCUCAGUAUGUAUGGAAAAUUGUUUGAUUCCAUUAAAAAUGUUUUGUUUCUUAAGUUGUAGAUAAUUUUUCACAGGGAAAGUGAUUUGCUGGGCUAAUCCCAUGUAGAAUAAUUACAAAUGUGUUUGAAAGAUUCAGCCAUGCAUUAAAUAAAGAAUUGUCA